CUUAACUCUGAAGUUGUAUAAAGCAAUAAGUCACUGGGGAUUGAUAGCGGCCCACUAGAACUAUAACAGGAGCCAGGCAUACCAUCACCUGGGAGAUUGUAUCGUAACCUGCAGGUCAUACCCUCUUCUGCCUGAUUGACAGCUCCUGUAGAUGAGCAGAACCAAUCACAUACCACUUUUCUAGGAUCAAAAGCCAAACUCGUGGAGACGGAACUGCCCAACAUACUGGAUUAUACAUCAUCAAAACAUUAGUAUGUCACCAACAGCUGAAACUUUCAGCUACUCUUUGCCGAGUCGGACGCACUCCAACGAUAGUGAGAGGUUUGCUCAGCAAGCCACCUCAGCUGUAAGCUUCCAGGCUGCCUCACACAAUGAACCAUUGAGAGAGGAUAAAAGAAUGAAGAGUAAAAUGUCUGUAGCAUCCGUCAGCAUUCCUGGGGACAAGGAGUACGAGGAAAAUGGAAUAGACGAUGAUCACUUGGACCUCGAUCCGGAACUCCGAGCUCGUUUUUUCAAGAAGGAACCUUGUCUGUACAGUCACCAGUGUUUUAUCAAGGCUGCCAAAGUUUUCUCUGCGCUCAAACAUGACAGUAAGGAUGAAAGAGAAAAUCCCUACCUUAAGCGUAAAAACCAUGAUGCGCUGAAAAGUAAAGUGCAGGAUAUACCAGAACUGAAUUUCCAAGAUGAUAUGGAAAAGAGGCUUUCCUUUGAGCUGGCCUUCAAAGCCUUAAAAUUUCAGAUGCUGUAUGAGGAAAUCUUGGACGACUGUGCCUUUUUUGCAUUAUACCCAGAGCAUGUGGAAGAUAUGGGCCUCGUCAUGGUGGUCCUGUGUGACUACCAGGGACGCAAGUUCCAGCAAAGAAGCCCCUCCUUGGGGGAGGACCUUGACCCAGUGGCUCAACAGGUCGAGGAAGCUAUCGCCGAGUGCAAGAUCAAGCUCAAUGCCUGCUUUGCCAGACAUAGGAUCAAAGCUUCCGCACCCUCAAUAGAGCACCUACUGCCAGACCUGGUCAGGUCCAAGGAGGAAAUCCGCUCACAGAUGCCAAUGUAUCUCUGGGUCAACCAGAACAAGCUAAGUGUAUCGGAAGCAAUGGAGCUGUUUAAGGACGAGGGGUUCACACUGGUGGGUUCUGAUGACUGUGUGGAAGGGGAGAAGUUCUGUGUAGAUUCUAUGUGUAGCGAUGUGUUCCAGUUCCCCCCAGACAAACGCGAGUACCUUCUCCAACAUGACCUUGUCAUGGCUGGCAAGGUCGUUCUGCAGGAUAAGUCCAGUAGUGUAGCUCCGCACUCGGUGAAGUACCUUAUAGGGGACGAUAGUGAUGUCAUACAUGUCAACAUCGGGUCUGGGAUGACCACUGCCCAUCUGUCUAGCCUCAUGCAAGCUGGCUCUGGCCAUAUUUGGGCAUUUGGUAACAAGUCAUCAUCGUCACAAUUUCAAAAGAACAUGGAGAAACUUGGCAUCAAAGGUGUGAAGAUGCUGACUGAGCCAUUCCUCGGUGUGGAACCUGACGACACACGGUUUAAAAACGUCAAGGUCAUCCUGAUAACAGCCGACUGCAGUAAAUCUGGAAUCACUAACCCUAUCGAUUUCAUCGUUAAUGAGGGCGAAGACAUGAAAAUCCUGAAGGAUCUGUCUGUGGGGGAAACAGACGAGACUAAACUGGGAGAACUGGCCGGUCAGCAUAAUGAACUCCUCAAACACGCCAUGAAAUUUAACAAGGCACAGGCUGUGGUCUACAUGACGCGGUCGGUACACGAGGUGGAGAAUGAGAAUGUGGUGACUAAAUCUAUAGAAUACAUCAACAUGGUACAGAAGAGGUCCUUCCCAUACAGAGUGGUCCCCCCUGUCCUUCCCUUUACAGGGGACGCAAUUGAAAACAAGAUGGGGAUACAUGGGAAGUACAUCAAGUUCUUCCCCACAGAUAAGACCAGUGGAUGUUUUGUAACUGUGAUAACUCGAGAGCCUGAAGAUGCUAAGGAAGCUGCCAAGGACGUUCUUGCCCGAGCACAAGCCAAGGGUCUACUGAGUGGCAAGAAACAGAAGGAAUCAAAGCUCUCUUUUGAGGACCUUAACGGGGAGGUCACAGGGGGCUUGACCAAUGGCCAUAGUGACACUGACAGUAAACUGCUGCACAAACGCUCAAAGAAAACGCAACGCCGUGUUCAGGUUCGAGGCACUCUGUCUGCACCUCAGUACAACAAGCUAUCUUCGUAUUCUAAACCCAAUGCCACCAGCCCCAUACAUACUUAUAUCACCUCCAGUUUUUUUUUUGCAAAGUUAUGA